CAGCAUUGUAAACUUCCGCUUCGACCCUCGGAGCCCCCCUGUGAGGAAGAUCAUCAUACCUGUAGUCCAUAUUUGAAGAUAACCCGUCAUACCACUGAAACAAAAAAACAGAAUGAUGGACUAAGGGCAGAUAUCUGACCAAAACAAGAUGGCGUCAACAGGACGUCGAAUCUACCCCUCUGAGGACAUGACAGCACAGCGGCCACGGUUAUGGAGGGGGGCUCCAGUCUCGUAUGUCCGAUAUACCACCAGAACCUUUGGCACCAUAUGUGACUCUUGAAGACGCUAGAUACUCAGACAUUCGUAAACGGAUUGGACUUCCAAGGCUUCCGACACGAACAUCAACUCUUCAAGAUGGUUAUGAGCAAGUGUUGGAAGAACAGACAGAUUUCAUCAGGAGACAUUUCCACAUGAAAGAGUGCAAGAAGUUUGUGCCAAAACCAGACCAGAAGGUGAAAAUUGUGAAAGAUCUGAAAUGUCACUGUGGGGAAAUCUUGUACAACCAUGCUGGCUUGAGGAAAACAACCAGACCCAAGAACAUGGUGACCAAUGACCUGGAGUUUGCCCAUUCCUUUCUUGUACCUGCAGAGUAUGUGGAUAUGGUGAAGAAUGAACGAGCCAAGCCGCCGGAAGAGAUGCCAAAAGUGUCAUGGUCUGCGGACCAAGCCAUUCAGACAUUUACAACAAAUGCUUUUGGCAAGAUUUCAUUCGACAUAGAGCAGAUUGGGGGCAUGAAGCCAGCUAAGUACAUCCGAGUGGCUUCCACAGAUUCUGAGAUACAUGUCAUGGAGAUGAUGCUGAAGUACUGGAGAAUACUGGAACCAGUUCCUCCCAAACUUGUCAUCUCCGUCAUAGGUGGGGCCAAGAACUUCAAACUGGAUGGUAGAAUGAGGGACACCUUUAACAGUGGUCUUAUCAAGGCUGCCAAGACGACGUCUGCGUGGCUGAUCACGUCGGGCUUCAACAUGGGUGUGAUGAAGGCUGUGGGCCAGGCCGUCCACGAAGGGCAAACCUUCCAGUGGGACAACGACAGGAUGACACAUGUACUGCGCUGUAUAGGUAUCGCCCCGUGGGGCUAUGUGAAGGGCAGACACUUCCUGGAAAGCUCUGAUGGAAGGGGUAAGUUCAAUGCCAACUACCGGACAAGCAACACUAUCCUCCACGGUCAGCCAGUCCAUCUCAAUGCUGACCACACCCACUUUAUAUUUGUGGAUGAUGGAAUGAGGAACAGGUAUGGAGGAGUAGCAGACUUUCGGGCCAAGUUCGAGGAGAACAUCAUGUCGUCAAGGGGCAUCCCUGUGGUGCUGGUGGUGGUGGAGGGUGGCCAGGAUGCCCUCAUGGAUGCCGCCACGUCCUUGAAGCAGGGCAUCCCUGUGGUGGUGUGUGCUGGAACCGGGAGAGCAGCGGAUAUUCUCGCCUAUGCUUUUACCCACACAGUUAAAUCACCCAGCGGUGAACGUUACAUGAGAGAGAAACACUUGCGAGUCCUGGAGCACAAACUGUUCAAAGCGUUUGGGAAGUCAUGGGGCAAGAAGGCUGAGACUGAGAGUGUCAAAUACAUGGAGAUCGUCAUGGAAUGUUGUCAGUACGAGGAGAGGAUCAUAAUCUUCCCUAUCAACAAGCAUGAAGAUCUUGAUCUUGCCAUUUUGUCCGUCCUUCUGAAAGCUGGUGGUGGAGUUAAGGCAGGGGACAACAAGCUUGACCGGUUGAACCAGCUGAAACUGGCCUUGACUUGGAACAGGGCAGACAUAGCUCAGGAGGAGAUCUUCCGGGAGGACGUCAACUGGAACCAAGAACAUUUGAUAGAAGCAAUGACCAUGGCCCUAGAAGAGGAUAAGGUGGACUUUGUGAAACUUAUCCUCAAUCAGGGCAUCAUCAUGCGAGAGUACCUCACUGUACAGAAACUGGAGAGCCUCUAUAACAAGAUUCCCAAGCAUGGCUACCUCCGUCCUCUGUUGACACGGUUUUCAAAGAAGCCAGAUUUCAACUUGAGUGACAUUGGUGCUUUCCUGACGAAGCUUCUUGACAAGUACGAUGAUGAGAAGUUCCAGGAAGCUGAAGGUCAGAAUGUGCCCGUCAUCAGCCAAUCAUCUAGUCUCAGAAAACCCAAGAUGACGUUUGAGUCAACGGACACGGAUGAUACUGAGGAAAAAGACCAGUUCAAGCGGCCAUUCAAACAGUUGCUUAUAUGGGCUAUUCUCAUGAACAGGGUGGACCUUGCCAUGUUCUUCUGGGAGAUGGGCGAGGAACCCAUAUCGAGUGCCAUUGCCAUCACCAGGAUCUGUCAAGGAAUGUUCAAGAAGAUCCCCAAGUACCAAACUAAGGUCCGAGAAGACUUUUUGAAGAUGAAAGUCAAGUUCGAGAGGCUGGCAAUGUGGGUGCUGGAUGAGUGCCAUCUGGUGGACCCCAGCAAGGCCAUGAUGCUGGUGGAGAGGAAGUCCCUCAUCUGGAGCAAGAUGUCCUGUCUGCAAAUGGCCGCCUCAGCCAAUGAUCAGGCUUUCCUGUCCUCCGUGGCCUGCCAAGACUCUAUCAACACGACAUGGAAACAUGGCAUCCUAUCCAACUGGAAAUACGUGUUUUAUGGUAUUUUGUUCCCACCCUUCAUCUUCUUCGUGGAGGUGGCCAAGAUGGGGGAGACUCGAUUCACUGUUGCCCAGAAGCUUCUCACCUUCUACACAGCACCGAUGACCAAGUUUGGGUGUUAUACGUUGUCCUACCUGGCAUUCCUGGGUCUGUUCUCUUUCCUGGUUUUGGUGGACUUCAAAGCUACCCCCAGCAUUGUGGAGUGGAUCUGCAUUCUCUGGACGCUGUCCUUCCUCACUGGGGAAACACACGCUUUCCUGAUGUUCCCGAUCCCAACAUUCAAAGGCAAGUUGAGAGACUGGUUCAGCCUCCUGGACAAGAUGGACAUCUGUAACCUCCUCUUGGUCUUCAUCGGGUUUAGUAUACGCUGGAACCAUGAUUUGUUCUUCAGUGCCAAGAUGAUCUACUGUUUCAAUGUGAUUAUCUUCUACCUACGCAUCCUGAAGAUGUACACAGCCCACAGCCAACUUGGACCAAAGUUGUUCAUGAUCAUGAGAAUGCUUGAGGAGCUGGUGUUGUUCGUCAUGAUCCUGGUGGUGUUUUUGUUGGCGUAUGGUGUGGCCAGCCAGGGUCUUCUCUAUCCGCAACGUAAAGGUGACGCCGUCAUCCUGAAAGACAUUGUCUUCUACCCUUACUGGCAGCUGUAUGGAGAGAUCUUCCUGGAUGAAAUUGAGACUGAUCAGACUUGUAUGGCUGCUCUGCAGAACGUGACGACAGUGACACCCUUCAACAACACGUGUCGGACCUCCAACUGGAUGGUGCCCAUUCUACUGGGGAUAUAUCUGUCUGUGGGCAACAUCCUCCUCCUCAACCUGCUCAUUGCCAUCUUCAGUCAUGUGUUUGACACAGUGGAGGAGAACUCGAUCGAGAUCUGGAAGUUCCAGAUGUACUACCUAGUGAUGGAGUAUGACAUUAAGACCAGCAUCAUCCCGCCGUUUAACAUCGUCAAGCACGCAUACUACCUCAUGAAGUGGAUAUUCAGGAAGACAUGCUGCAAAAAGACAACAGAAACCCAGCAAUACCUUCAGCGGCAUCUGACAUAUCUGCAGCUGUUUGAGAAGGAGAUGAUGGCCAACCACCUCCGCCAUGAGAAGGCCAGUCAGUCCAACACUCUGGAAACCAAGGUGAAGAACCUACAGAAGAGAGUUGAUGAAUUGACCAAGUUGAUUGAGGAUGAACUCAUAGCGGAACAACAUGGUUUCGGCAUAGAUGCUACAACACUCGGGCAAACACAGACCCUGCCUCUGCCUGUGAAGGAACAAGAACAAGAAAAGAAAGUAUCAAGAUGGCCGUCAGUUAAGAGGGUCCUAAAGCUGCGGGAUGAAGAACAGAGGUUACAGGAUGGGCUCAACAUUGAUAACCUUUUCGCUGAGGCCCCCGAAGACCUUUACAACAAAAAUAAGUUAGAGGGUGAAAUGUCAAGAAACAAGGAUGUUGUAAUGGAUGAAGUGAAGAAGAAACACAAGAAGAAGAAGGCAAAGAAGGAUCCAAAGAGGGAGUCGAAGAAGGAGAAGAAGAAGAGGAAGAAAGACAGAUUUGAAGAAGAUGAAGACAAGGAGCUGAACAUCAACCUUGCGGAUUAUGAGCCUAAGCCGGAGUAUUUGUACAAGCAUAUGAACAGUGACAGCUCCCCGACCAGGGGUCAUCCACUUCCUCAGAUGCCCCGAGGAUUAAUCCCGUUGUCCCCAAGACAAAGUUUCUUGAAAUCCAGGUCAGAGGCACUACCUUGGAGCGAAUCAGAGGAAGAUUUAUAUGAGAAGCAGACGUCAAGAAAUCUGAAUCCUCUGAACAUUCAGACUAAGGAAAUUCCUCGAGAACUGCAGUCACCUGAUUUUUCUGAUGAUGAGAAUGUUUCGAAGUCGGCUCAUAGUUCUCGAUUAUUGGUGAACAGACGUGCAAGGAGACAGGAGAGAAAACGUAUUUCAGAUCUGGAGGAACGGUUGAUGGAGCUGGAGAGAUCUAGUGCAUCCCAAGACCACAGCUAUGUGAGGAAUAAGUAUCGGUAG